AUGGCUUCACCAAGCAAAGCGGAACAGCUAGAGCCUACACUGGAGCUUCCAACGACGGGCAGCGAAUCCGCUGUGAAAGACUCUUCAGGCAGUGAGAUAGAUGAGAAGGAGAUAAAGAAGUGGUAUUUGAACACAUACGAACGUGGCUCGAAAAGUCCUAUGGAGGAGUCUCUCACAGCACAUUGGGAUCUCCCAGUCAGCGAUACAGAUGUGAAAAAGAUGAAAAUCGGGCUUAGAUCUCGUAACACGGACGACAGGUGGGUCAUGCUGAUGGAAGAUCCGGAUGAAAAUGGUAACAUAUCUCUCUACAUCCUUCGAAACUGGUUAUAG